AUGUUCGUGGCAAAGAUUUGGUACGCCAGCUCGGUGCUGGCGGCUCUUGUCAACGCAGCCACAGCAGCCCGCGCCUCGCCUUUGGAGAAGCGCUGGCGCGACAAGGGACAUUACGCAAACAAUACGGCCCUAGCCGCUUAUGCCCUGCAAGGAUUCUGGUAUAACCAGACAACCGGCCUCUGGGACAAUGCGUGGUGGAACAGUGGCAAUGCCUUGACAAUAUUGGCCGACUGGGCCCGACUUCGCCCUCUGGACGCCGAAAGCCUGAACAUCUCCGAUGUGAUUCACAAUACCUGGUCGCAGGCGCAGAAUGUCAACGUCUUCACCACGAAAACUCUGAUGAGCGAUGGCAUGAUUAAGACAGAGGACUGCCUCAACGGCCAGGGCCUUGCUUGUGAUGCGAAUGCUGCCGCUAUCCAGUCGCGAGCAUUCCGUGACUUCCUCAACGACUUUUACGACGACGAGGGCUGGUGGGCACUCGGCCUCAUACACGCCUAUGAUUACACCCACCGACAAGAGUAUCUCGACUCGGCCGUGCGCAUCUUCAACGACAUGCAGGGUGGCGGCAACACCACCUGCAACGGCGGCAUUUACUGGAGCAAGGAGAGAAAAUACGUCAACGCCAUCGCCAACGAGCUGUACCUGUCAGUCGCUGCAUCACUCGCCAACCGAAUCCCGAACGACAAGGCCAAGUAUACAGGCAUCGCGCAGGGCCAAUGGAGGUGGUUCGGCAACAGCAGCAUGAUCAACAGCGAUAACCUGAUCAACGACGGCCUCGAUGGUCAGUGUAAGAACAACGGCCAGAAGACGUGGACCUACAACCAAGGUGUUGUCCUGGGUGGUCUGGUGGAGCUGUACAAGGCCACCGGGAACCGUGACUACCUGAAUCGUGCAAACAGUCUUGCGUCUGCGUCCAUGAAAAAGCUGGUCAACAGCGAUGGCCUUCUGGUAGAAGGAUGCGAGGAUAACGGCGAUCACUGUGGCGCCGACGGUGCCCAGUUCAAGGGCGUCUAUGCGCGCAACUUGCGCUACCUCAACGAGGUUUCACCCAGCACAGACAUCAAGAAGUUCUUGACGUGCAACGCCGACUCCAUCUGGGAUAAAGAUCGUGAUGGGAAUAAUAGACUGGGCGUGGCGUGGGCUGGUCCGCUUUACAGCCCUAUUGGCAAUGCGCAUAGCAGCGCAAUGGACGCUCUGGUAGGCGCUGUGGCCGUCGUAUGA